GGGUAGUGUUAGCUACGGGCUGAAACUGUGCAGUAGCCGCUUCCGUUUGCCACGCCUGUUUACAAUUGAACUAUUUCCUUUGCCGAUGUGUCUUUGUUACAAGAAGGGAUGUGGUGAAACAAAUGUUACCGUAAGGAUGCGUCCAUUGCAACACGUUUAGUUGGAUUACAUUCAUCUAACAGACGCUAAAUAAAUAAGAGGUUGCUUGGACACAUGACGCAUCUCUGGGCCUCUCCCCAUAACCAUGGCACUGGGAGUUGACAGGGCCUUUCCAGCAUCCAUCUCUCCGAUGGAGUCCAAGGGCUGCAGUGGGCGAUGGAAAACCCGGAUUCCAGAGUUUAUCCGGACGGGGACAACCACGACGCAGCAUGACAAAGACGGGGAGAGGGGGACAGGGGCCAUGGACCGGGGUGGUCCCAGAAAGAGUGUUACCAUGGCACCCACCUCCAGGUAUAUGAGUGACAGGAGGCAGUACUCUAUGAGGAAACCGCUGGUCACCACCACAGAGCAGCAGACCUCCAUCCUAAAGAAAUCCUACCUACAGAAGCACCCAGAAAAGGAGCGACAGUGGGAAGGUAGCAGUAAUGAAGCACACCAUCAUAGCGAGUUUGACUUCCAGACCCGAUUGGCUGAACAGAAGUUCCCAGACAACUUCGACCCCUCUCAGGCCAACAUCUCAACCUGCUCAGCCUCCAGAGAGGAUCUUAGCACCUCCCUGGGGGUGUCAGACCUCAGGACCUGUCUGUCACAUGAAGAACCCACCUUCAGCUCAUCGUACCUUGGCAGCAGGCCUGGCCAACGCAGCCUCUCCAGCCCACCCCUGGAGGUCCGUACUUUCUCUACUCCACUCAACUCCAAGUGGACCUCCACUCUGCUAUCCCCCCUCUCGCCCUCCUACACCCCCCCUUCGCGCCCGUCCAGACAGAGAUGGACAGAGCUGAGAUUGGAUGCUGGUGAAGUUUCUCAAUCACGUGGAGGAGGAAGGGAAAUGUAUCUAAAUGUAGGCCCUUCAGUGGGCUACUCCAAGGGCCACUCCAACCCUGUGCUCCACACCAUGUCCCCCCACCAGGCCAACUACUGGGCCUGCGCCAUUCCCAGCUCCCUGCCCCCCUCCCCAGACCGACGCUCUUCGAGCUGGGACCCUGAUAAGGAGUACCAAGCCCUCCUGGACUACACCUACCCUCUGAGGCCAGGUAGGGUGGUUGGUGGGUGGGAUACCUCAGAUGCAGGGGGUGGACCUCUCAUCCAGACAGACCCAGGCCUCCAGGACUCUGGAAUAGACCUGGACCGCCUCUGCAGCUCCACCAGCCUGUCAGCUUUGGACUUUUCCCUGACUGGCACGGCAGGGGUGGGGACGGAUGGGAAGAGGCGGAUGCCGGGUAUAGGUCAGAGGUCAUCUGAGCUGCGUGGGCUCUCACACCCCAAGUCCUCGGAUGGUCGCCUCUCCAGUAGCCCCUUAUCCUCUGCGGACCCUAUUGGUCUAUCCGUAGAGAGUCUGGACUGUAGUGGAGGUGGUGGUCUGGAUCAUCUGCAUCGUAUCGGGGAAGGUCGCUACCGCCAUCACGGCAUCUCUUCCACCACGUUCAUCCGCACAACCAGUAUCCUUCCCCAGCCAGGGUGCAUUAGAGGGGGGGCUUGGGAUGAGGAGUUCUGGUCUCUCCCGGAGCAGUUGGAGGAGCUCCGGGGUUUGUCCCGGCAGGUCAGGGAGGUGACGGCCCAACUCAGUCAGCCUGUCACAGCCAGCUGGGAGUCCCUCGAGAGGGGGACCACCUCCGUCCAGUCCUACAUGACCCUGGCUGAGAAACAGGAGGCCGAGGAGGAGGGAAAAGAAUGGGAGCAGAAUGAAAAGGAAGAAAGGGAGGGUGAGAAGCAGGUGUCCAUUUCUGAAGCACUUCAAUACUUUAAUAAAGUCUCUAAAGUGGUCCAUAGUGGGGAAUCCUCCCAGGCAGCCAGAAACUCUGGUUCUAGGAUGGAGGCUGGGGUAGCAGGCAGGGGAGUGAGCAGGGCCAGUCUGAGGGAGGUGGAGGCCAUGGUGAACCAGCUGAGUGGACUAACCCUGCCUGAGUUCCAGAGGGGGAGCCAGGGGGAGCAGGGGCACAGGGAGUCCCUCAUGCAGCACAUCCAGACCUUCUGUUCUAACCUGGAGGAGCUCAUCCAAUGGCUGUACACCGUGGUGGAGAGGAUGGAGGUGCUGGCUCCGCCCUCUGUGGACAUUGAGAGUGUCAAGUCGUCCCUGGCGGAUUAUAAGAGGUUUCAGAGAGAAGUUACUGCCCACCAGCCUCUGACCACCUCUGUUCUGCAGACUGGGGAGCUUCUCCUGGGUUGUAUGACCGCCACUUCUCCCGUUCUGAAAGAGACCCUUGGUCUUAUUGAGAGGCAGUCCAGGGCGUUGGAGACUCACUCAGAGCACCUCUUCUCCUCUAUCCUCUCAGCCAUGGACAGCCUGACCCAGCCCGGGGAGCCCUGCGGGGCAGAGGAGACCGGCGCGGGGGACACCGAUAGCGUGGAGGUCCAGGGGACAGCUCAGUGAAGGCUCCAUGCAAGAUGGGGAUAUGAAGAAGAAUGAGAGCAGAUUGGUGGAGGAGGCUUGAGGAGGUGGAGGAGCUUCUUCACUAACAUUCCUUAAAGGAAAUGACCUUGUUGUGUUGAAAAGAGAACCACUUGACUGUUGUCGUGCUUUUGUUUCAUUAUUUUCUGAAGUGCUUUUUAAAUGUAUGCAUAAUGUGUGCUGAAGAAGCAAAGUAUUAUUUGCCUUGUGAUAUAUGCUCAAGCAGAUGUUUAAUCAUUUCUUUGAGUUACAGUUAUUAAUAAUGACCCAUUGCACUCCUCUUGCAACUCACUCUGUUACAUGCAUGACAUUAUUUUUUUUAAACCUAUUUUGAUAUCCCUCUGUGGCAUCUAAGUGUCUUCACUAAAGGUGCUGUGAAUUUAGUACACUGGGUAGAGCACUGCAAUAUCUUCCAGCAAGUCUUUUUUUUUUUUCCCCAGGGAGAACUCAACCAGUUGAUCAUGGCCUCAGAUUGUGUCAUCACCUGUCUCUGGUCCAUAAUGUUGAGCCUUCUUCCUGGAGUGACAGAAGGGAAUGUCUGCACUUGUGCAGUGUUGAUGUUGUGUAUAUGUAGAUUGGUAAUAUAGGAUGGUGAACCAUUGUGCCCUUACAGUUGUAUUUGAAGUCAUAUCAUUGAUCAGAUGGCAGCUAUAUGCAAGAUAUGGCCACUGUGAUCGUCACCAGCCAGAGACAACAGCACAGUUUGGAGGUCCCAUGUUUUUAUGAGUUUGGUACUUUUUUAUAUGCAUGGAAAACCUGGAUGAAAAGUGCCUAAAUUCAAUCAUAUCAAGCAUUAACGGGCAAUAGUCGGCACCCGCAUACCUGAUGUUUUGGCGGUGUCUGAGGUGUAACCGCGUUGGCGCCCUCAAAUUGGUGAGCAGCUGCUCUUGAUUGUUGUCACAAAGCCACGCCCUUCGCGUUAAGAUGUUCCGAAUGAGAAAGUAGGUUAUAUGGAAAUAAUUAUGCUCAAAUUGAAAAUCAUUCAACUAAAUAAUGAGGAUUUCAUUUGAAAUUCCAGUGUUCUAAAAUGUAAACAAGGCUGCAUGGGAUUUCUCUUAAUGAGACUCGGUGCAGCCAAGGGCAAUGUCCGCUUUAGGUAUAAUGACAGGAGCCGCUUGUGGAUUUGACAGCUCCAACACAGUUCCACCUUCACUGCCAAAACGACCACUUUGCGGACGUCGGCUAAAGCAGAUCUGAUUGAAUAGAGCGCUCAGACAGAACUACAGCCUUUUGUAAUGUGCAGGAUGUUUUUAACUGUCUUUGUUACUGUAGUAAUUAAUUGGGAAUGUUAACUUUCAAACACCAUGGAAAACUUUGUUCAUCAGACUGUUAUCCUCUUUCACAGAAUGAACCUGGUGAAAACUACACAUUGUUCCUUCUGAUUAAACAAACCUAUUAUCUGGCGGCAUCA